CAGCUCCCAUUUGAAAGGGGGAAAAGAGCGGACGGCUGCCUGCUUACUGACUCUCGGUGGACUAGGAGGAAAGGUUAGGGUGCUGCCAGAGCAAUGCAAUGAACAAAUAAAGGGCUGUAGUUAGAUGACUUCCUCGACGAGGCAGAUGGUUACAGCAAACAGUUGUUAAAAACCUGAGGAAAACUGUUGUCUUCCGUGCCUGAUUAUCUUUUUCUCCUGUUUAUGGAUAAUGGAAUUUUAACCAUGUGGCAGAUAGCUGGUCGGCUUCCCUGGAUUUCGCCCGCUGCGCUCCUUUGUUUCGCCUGAAGAUGGAAACGUUGGAGUCGGAGCUGACCUGCCCAAUCUGCCUGGAGCUCUUCGAGGACCCUCUGCUGCUGCCCUGCGCUCACAGCCUGUGUUUUAGCUGCGCCCACCGCAUCCUGGUCUCCCACUGCACGUCCAGCGAACCUGUGGAGUCCAUCGACGCCUUCCAGUGCCCCACCUGCCGUUAUGUCAUCACCCUCAACCAGAGGGGCCUAGAGGGACUCAAGCGCAACGUCACCUUGCAGAACAUCAUCGACCGCUUCCAGAAGGCCUCUUUGAGCGGGCCCAACUCCCCCAGCGAGACGCGGCGUGAGCGUGCCUUGGACGGCGGCGCCAUGACCUCGCCCGGCGAGACGGUACAGUGCCAGUUCUGCGAGCAGGACCCACCGCAAGAUGCCGUCAAGACCUGCGUCACCUGUGAGGUGUCCUACUGUGAUGAGUGCCUGAAGGCUACGCAUCCCAACAAGAAGCCGUUCACCGGCCACCGGCUGAUUGAGCCUAUGCCUGACUCGCAUCUGCGAGGCCUGCUGUGCCUUGAGCACGAGGACGAGAAGGUCAACAUGUACUGCGUGACUGACGAGCAGCUCAUCUGCGCCCUGUGCAAGUUGGUGGGGAGGCAUCGCGACCACCAGGUGGCAGCACUGAGCGACCGAUACGAGAAGCUGAAGCAAGCCUUGGAUUCGAAUCUCGGCAACCUAAUCAAACGAAACAACGAAUUGGAGACCCUCUUGGGGAAGCUCAUUCAGACCUGCCAGCAUGUGGAGGUGAAUGCAUCACGACAAGAAAACAAGCUAUUGGAGGAGUGCGAUCACCUGAUUGAAAUCAUCCAACAAAGAAGGCAGGUCAUUGGAACUAAAAUCAAGGAGGGCAAGGUGGUGAGGCUGCGCAGGUUGGCUCAGCAAAUCGCCAACUGCAAACAGUGCAUCGAACGAUCAUCAUCCCUCAUCACCCAGGCUGACCAGACGCUGAAGGAGACGGACCAUGCCCGCUUCCUGCAGACUGCCAAGAGUGUCUCCGAGAGGGUGUCUAUGGCAACAGCCUCUUCUCAGGUGCUGAUCCCAGAAAUCAACCUGAACGAUACCUUUGACACUUUCGCAUUAGAUUUUUCAAGGGAAAAGAAAAUGCUGGAAAGCCUGGAUUACCUUACAGCGCCGAAUCCUCCGGGAAUACGGGAGGAACUGUGCACUGCGUCGUAUGACACGAUCACCGUCCACUGGACGAGCGACGAUGAGUUCAGUGUCGUCUCCUAUGAGCUGCAGUAUGCCAUCUUCACCGGCCAGGCCAACGUCGUUAGCCUCUGCAACUCGGCCGACAGCUGGAUGAUCGUACCCAACAUCAAGCAGAAUCACUACACGGUGCACGGCCUGCAGAGCGGCACCCGCUACAUCUUCAUCGUCAAGGCCAUCAACCAGGCGGGCAGCCGCAGCAGCGAGCCAGCGAGGCUUAAGACCAACAGUCAGCCUUUUAAGCUGGACCCCAAGUCGGCGCACCGUAAGCUGAAGAUUUCCCACGACAACCUAACGGUGGAGCGCGACGAGACGUCGUCCAAGAAGAGCCACGGGCAGGAGCGCUUCGGCAGCCAGAGCACUUACGGUGUCACCGGCAAUGUCUACAUCGACAGCGGCCGCCACUACUGGGAAGCUCUGAUUGGAGGAAGCACGUGGUACGCCGUAGGCAUCGCCUACAAGUCAGCGCCAAAGCACGAGUGGAUCGGCAGGAACUCGUCCUCUUGGGUUCUCUGCCGCUGCAACAACUCCUGGGUAGCGCGGCACAACGGGAAGGAGGCGCCGGUGGAGCCGUCCCCGCAUCUGCGGCGCGUGGGCGUGCUGCUGGACUACGACGGCGGCUCGCUGGCCUUCUAUGACGCUGCGGGCUCGCAGCAGCUGCACACCUUUGACAUCGCCUUCGCCCAGCCUGUCUGCCCUGUCUUCAGCGUGUGGAACAAGUGCCUGACCGUGCUAAGUGGCCUGCCCAUCCCUGACCACCUGGAAGGCGCCGAGCUGCAAGACUAAUGGAGAGACAAAGAGAGAAAGAAAGGCUGGAAGAGAGAGAGAGAGAGAGAGAGAGAGAGAGAGCUGUAUUCUCAGACACACUGUCUAGACUCACCAUCAGCACUGCUUCAUACAAAAGGAGACAUAAAAACUGCUUAAAAUAUUUUUACUUACGCUCUUAUAGUAAUAAAUUAAUAGCGAUAAAUUAUUUAUGAAUAAAACAGAGUAGGAUUUCUCUUGCUUUGCACAUGGUUAACUACUUCAUUUACACUUAGUUGACUUUGGGCGCUAUGGAAAGUUUUUGAAACUUUCCGAAUAGCUUUUUGGGGCACAGUUGUGUAUCUCUUUCAUUCGGGAUUUAAUGACAAGCUGUACUUGUUUAGUGUUGUUUCGUUUCUGCAGACCUGACAGCUGUCAACCGUAUGCCGAUGGAACAAACUCGUAAAAUCGCUAACAAGCACCACUCUGCAUUGAUCCGUAUGACUGUCCCAAGAGGGAAAACUAGAGCAGAAUCAGUCAUUUUUGUUUACGCUGUCCUUGCUAUUACAGCUUUGUCUGCCAUUUUCUCUUUUUUUUUAAUAUAGCCAUCGCAUUCUAACACUUCUCUCCCGAAGUUCAGGUUAAAUCAUCCAGGACGACCGUUUCUGAGCAGAGGUGUAGGUAAUGCAGUUAACUCUUGAUUAUUUUAAAUCCUACUUAUCUCGCCCACAAAGGGAAUUUAUGCACCAUGUGCGGGUUUUGCGCCAACAUUUGCGUUUAGGGCAAAAACUGAGUUGAUCCAUAGCCGGGAGCAGAAAAUUCUUUUGCUCCAUCAGACGUUCACCUGCCACAGGGGGGCAGCAUCUUUAAGGGUCAUUCACACAGCAUCUGCUCCAUCCUUUGGGUUUUAAUUGCUCACUAACAAGGUCAGGCAUGAGGACAAAAAUAAAAAAUAAACUGCCGAUGUUGUUCAGCUCGACAGCACUGUUGAAGGUUAAAUCUCCACCCCGUGUUGUGGGCAUGUUUUAUCUUAAAGUAAAUCUCAGCUUUUAUUGAAAAUUGCUUUGACAGCAGCGUGGAAAUGGACUCAAAUGGACUGGAUUGAUUUUCUCUUUUUCGUUAAAUCUACAGAAAGGCAUGCAUUCCUUGCUGCUGGUUUGCCCUCCCCAUGUACAUCUUAUCGCAAUGUUUGUCGAACUUUUGGACACUCACUCAUGGAGAAAGGAUCGCUGGACCUUGCAGGGGAUUGCAGUGCAAUGCUUUUUCCUUGUACAUUUUUUGUGAAAUAUAAAAAAAAUAUAUGUUCCA